UGCCUGUCAUUUGGAGUAGCACAAGGCAAAGGGGUGCUGAGACACACGACAGUCGGGAUAACAUUUCUUCAGCGUUAACUUUUUUAGGUUUCCAGAUCAGGAUGAACUCCUGGCACAUUUUAAGAGCAAGUUAGAGUCAACCAAUCAUCUGCAGACUGCAUGACUAAAGGACAAAAACUUCGUUCAGGGAAGCUACAAAAUUGCUAUAAUUUCAGCGCACUAACCGACAAGCCGAAGCUACGCACUACACCAACAUUAAAAUAAGCUUCUGCUUUUUUUCUUAACUGUUAAAAUAUGUUUAAUGAGAAGUUUAAUGAAUGACUUGAGGUUAGUUAAUGAAUUAAUGAAGGCUUGGGAAGUAAUUUAUUAGCGUAUUUUACAGUAAAACUAACAUAUAGUUGGGUUCAGUCAUGUCAGCAUCACCUGUGCACUCGGCUCGGGUCAGGCGCAGCAAUGACGGGUCCCCCAUCAACACCUCCUCCUCCUCCUCAGCAGCAUCAUCAUCAUCAUCAUCCUCCGCCGGCAACACGAGCCGGUUGCAGCCCAUUCGCGCCACUGUGCCCUACCAGCUCCUGCGUGGAAAUCAGCAGCACAGCCCGACCCGCCCUCCCGCGUCCUCCUUCUCCUCCUCCUCCUCCAUCUCAGUCGGAAGCAACACAGAACCGACCGCAGCAGCCCAGCACAGCAGCUCCAGUUCCGGCAGCCCGACGCUCGCCAGUCCGGCAGGAAACGGCUCGCUGGACGGUCGGCUGAUCCCGCGGCAGAGGCGCUCUCCUCCGGAGCACAGGAGCUCACCCGAGCGCUGCCCUCAUUCACCUGUCCUUAGAGUUGAGAGGCCAAAGUCACAACAGGUGUGGAGCACAGGUGCUAUCAGACGGACUUCCUCUUUGGGUGCUAUCACCGGGCCCUACCUGAUAGGGCAGUGGCCACGUGAAUCCCACCUGCACAACCCCUUGUGUAUGAAAGACAAGUCCACACAGACUCCUGGAUGUUGGAGUGACGAGACUGAAGAGAAAAGGAGCACACACCAGCGCUCAGCAUCCUGGGGCAGCUCUGACCAUCUUAAAGAGAUUGCUAAGCUCAGGCUCCAGCUGCAGCGCAGUAAACAGGGCGGAGGCCGGCAGUGUAAAGACAGUAAAGAGCGUCUUUCCCCCCUCCACUGCUGUACCAGCACCACCACCACCACCACCAUUACCUCCACUACCAUCAGCACAGCCAGCCAAGCUCCGUCGUCCAUGUCGAAGUCAGCACAGAUGCCACUGUCCAACAUCACAGUGCCAAAGCCCUCCAUCUCCAGGGUUCCCAGCAGCAUGGAAGGCAUCAACCAUGAGCUGGAGAAAGUCUUCAUCAAAGACAACGGAGAGAAAGAGGAGCUAAAGGCGCUGGAGGUUCCUGAUGGACGGAGGGCUCCGUUUCCUCCCCAGCAGCGCAGCAGCAGUAGUCGUGGUAUAGACACUCAGACGCCAUCAGUGCCUGGGCGCUCCAGUAGCUGCUCUAGCCUGUCGCCCUGCCCCUCACCCGCAUGCCCACCACGCUCACAUGAUGGCAGCCCAUACUCCACUGACGAGAUGCUGGACGACAGAGACAAAGACAGCGGCAGCAGUUCUCCUCUGCCUAAGUUCGCCUCGUCUCCAAAACCCAACAACAGCUACAUGUUUAAACGGGAGCCUCCAGAGGGAUGUGAAAAGAUCAAAGUGUUUGAGGAAAUUACGUCCAGACAGUCAGCCACCGUCCCCCUUUUCUCCUGCCCUGACAAAAACAAGGUCAACUUCAUCCCCACCGGCUCUGCGUUCUGCCCUGUCAAGCUCCCGGGAUCAAUGCUCCAGCACUCCAGCUCCCAACAGGAGGAUGAGGACAAAGAUGAAUCACAGGCCGGCCCCAGUGGCUCAUGCCCCCUCGCUCAACACCAUCACAUGCCCACUCAGGUUUCCACCAGCACGAGCACAGACGACCCCCCGGAAGCGCUGGCCGUCUCUCCCUCCCAACAGCAGGAGGCGCCCUCGGAAUCAGCCUCCCAGCCUCAGAACUUUGAAGUCAGCUAAACGCGUGCAGAGCCGGUCUCCGUCGCACCCACGCCACACACGUUUCACCCACCCCAAACUUCCUCUUCUGUCUUUGAUGGACCCCACCUUUGUGCUGAAUCUUUACUAUCUGCAUGGCAUCGCAACUGUGGCCCGAACGAGAAUCGCAAAUGUAAAUGCAGCCGAAGGGUUUGAGUAUGUGGCAAUGCCACGCUUUCGUGUCUGGACAGGAACGACGUCUGAAGAGUUGGACGAAAGGAUGCGUUUUAGGAAAAGGACCUUAGAAUAUGCAAAUCAAAAAUUCAAAUGGCUUCACUGUUAUCUUGAUAAAUGAGUGAGAGUCUCAUACAGAAAUCUUAUUUAUUAAAUUUGCCUAUUGAUAAGUUCAAUCACAUUCCAGAUAUUCCCGUUUUGCUUUUUUUUGUGUCAUAUAUACAGAUGUGGAUGCGUUCACAGGUACUUUUCAUUCUGAUUUGAUUCCGCAUUGAUCUCGAGUAAUUGCACAGCUGUUUUCAAACGCAGCUUUGCUUUCGUGUGCUUAAAAUUUAAGCAAAGUGGCUUUUGUAUGAGCACUAUAAUCAGACAGCGCAUAGUGAGGUGUCGCCUUCGAAUACACCGUCGAUUUAUGAGAAGAAAGACGUCUUAAUAGUGACAGGGGCAUGCAUUUGAAACUGAUCGUAUGUUUAACAUUAAAUUAUGUGUCGUGUUCUCUUUCAACAUCCACAGUAUGAAUAAGCUCUCUCUCUAUCAAUAUAUCUAUAUAUGAGAAAAUCUAUAUAUAAAGAAAAAAGCUUGUUUGAAUUUAAAACCGUGUAUUGCUGUGUUAUGUACAUUAUGGGAUAUGAGCUGUACUCCACGGGUUGACGACUAUCCAGGUUUCCUACCUUCUGAUGAUAUUGCAGAAAGAGAAAAACACAGAAAAGGUUCUUGUUUUCACACUUUGUUGCACAGUGUCCACCUGCGGCCUCGCUUCAGGUGCAUCACUUGCUGUUUAAACUCAGGUAAAAAUUCACAUUCAGAUCCGUCUCAUCAUUCUUUGCAUUCCAUGACAUUCCAUGUUGGGAGGUGCUGUCCGGAUGACGUGGCGGAAAGAAUUUGAUUUGGUCGGACAUACUGUGUUAAAAACAUUAGAUCGUACAACCCUCAUGGAUCAGACUCACACCCUCACAGUCACUAUACGAUAUAUAUUAUCACUUAAUAUGACAAACUACUGCCCAGAUCUCAGGUCUGAGAUGUGGAAGAACAUUUUCUGUCUAUUAUAAUACCGUUUAAGUGGCAUGUUGGGGGGGAUUUUGAUAAUAAAACUGUAGGGGAUAUCAUAAUACUCCUUUUACAUGAAAAAAGACAACAAGUUUCAAGAAUAAAUUGUAUCAUUAUGAGAUUAAAAUGCGCCAAAAGACCAAGAAUUUCUUUGUUGGUAAAACCCAUUCUGAAGUAAUUUCUGAAUUUUUAAACUGUAUUAUUGUAACAUUACAACAUUGUUCUCAUAACAUCUUUUAACUUUUACAACUUUAUUCUCAAAUUCUUCUCGUUUUUUUUUUUUUUUUUUUUUUUACAUUUUAACAUGCUACUAGGACAUGCUGCUGAUAAUUAGUCUAAAAUAAAAGGUUAAAUCUCUCUCGCACACAAAAAUCUGGCCUAUACAUAUAUAUGUGUGUGUGUGUGUGUGUGUGUAUACAUUAUGUUUUGUAGGCUAUUUUUUGAACCAUUAACUUUUUUGGCAUUGUGACAUUUUUUAAUGACAACAUCAUUUUCAUGAUCAUAAUUGUAUGAAAUUGUAUUAAUUCAUCCUUUUCAUUAAAAUAAGCGUAAUUUCACGCAAAUGCAUGAAAUAAACAAUGUAUAAAUACAUGAUUAAAAAAAAAAAAAAAACACACAUUUAUGAAAAUAACUUUUUUUCCACAUUACGGUAAUGAAAAUUUGAGGAUAAAUGAGCUUACUUCUCAAAAAUGUCACAAUGCAAACUAUCUUAAUGGACCUAAAACCAAUCUUCAUUUUAUUUAAGCAAUUUUUUCCUUUUGAUUUCUUGAAGAAAAAUAUAAAAUUGUCUGGUUUCAUGAGAUUCACCUAAAAGCUCAGCUUUAUACAAGCAGGAUACAUUUCAGUCAUGGAAUACCAAGCCUCAAAUAUUUUAAAUCAGUCUCUACCCAAAUGUUUUGUCCAAAAAAAAAAAAAAAAAAGGUUUUUCAAGAGCAUCUAUCCAUUCACUUUACCGUACAUUUAUACAUAUGUUGGCUGUUCUGACAACAUAAGCAUUGUCAGAAUUGAUUUUCACCGAUUAUGAAUAAUAAUCAGCUUUUUGUCCAGGAACAAGUGACAGGCAAGCAUGGUUUGUCAGUAAAGGGUUUACUUGUCUCAAAACAGAAUUUUUAUAUGAACCAAGGUCAAACAAUAUUUUAUUGUGCUGUUGCAAUCAAUAGAAGCAUAUCAAUUUAUCCAUCUCAUAAGAUCAACCAUUGACAACCCACAUAAUAUUACAUGAUCAAUACAAAAGGCUUUAAAAGUAACAAUGCAACCUUUUAUGCUGCACCUUAUAUCAAUAGACCAAGUAGUUUAUAAAAAUAUUAAACUCAUUUUGGUAAGUGAAGGGUUUGCAAUAAUGCAGUUUUGUUUUUAAAUGCUUGAAUUGUGCAUCAUUUCUUCUCCAUUCCAUACAUGUCUAAUUCUGGAGCCAAAUUAGCACACAGCCUGUUGAUAAAGCCAUCGACUGCUAUUAAAACCAGCACUGGCAGUUUAAAAGCACAUUGCUGGCCUGGGAAAUGUGUUUGUAGAUCAGGUCAAUAUGUCAGGCUGACCUGCUGUCUGUUUACACACAAUGGCAAUAAACCAUUUUGUUGUUGUGACUGUACAAACCAGAUACGUGUGUGAAUGGAGGUGGAUGGAGGGCAUCAUUUGUUUUGAGGGAGAAAAAUAUUGACCGAGGACAAAGGAAGAAAACUGUUUCUAAUCAACAACUGUUUUGGAAGCACUUCACCCACAUCGCAAUUACUCUUUGCCUGUAGCCAAUUCUAAUGUCAAGAAAAUGAUUUUUAAAGCUUUUUAGCUUUGAUUGUUUUCCUGUGGUCUUGCCAUAGUGCUUGGCACAGGCUGCUGAGCUUGCAUAAGGUUAUACAGUAGGCCCGCUGUCUGUGUCUGUGUACAAAUGACAGUAUCAAAAGCCACAAUUUACACUUUCUUCAACUUUUAGCCUUAAGUGGCUAAUUGUUUCUUUAUUUCAAUAAUAGGAAUCUUGUGUCUUAAUUAAAUAAAAUAAUCAUUAGAAUUAAAA